AUGUCCUGCGCGACCGGUAACCAGCGGACAACCAUCGCAUCCAGACCUAAACUCACCCUUCAGACCUCUUCUCUCCCUCAGACCUUUGGGAAAUCUACGACUGGUCUGUCUCUCUCGUUCGCUGCGGGCGCCACCGCAUCUCCCACCGUUCGCAACACCUUCAAGAACGCUUAUGACGUCGCACAUCCCCCUUCUGCAACCGUCUCUCCUUCGAGAGCGUCCAGCAACAAGUUCUGCAAGCCUUCCUCGCCAUACACUACCACAAAUAGCCCCUACCAACUUCCUCUUGGAGUGAGAAGUAUUCUCCGUAAUUCGCCGCUGGAACCCUCCUCUCGACGGCGUUCCGGAUCGGUGGCUACCAACGUCGCCAAUGGAGGGUCCACACAGCGCCGAGUUCUCUUCCCCGCGAAGAAGCAGGUGAGCUAUCGCCAGCCUCUUGAAGAGGAGAUCCGGACUGUGCGCUAUACCGCACGUCACUCCGACAUUGUCGCAGAGCCACCCAAGCCCCGUGAAGAAAGGUCGGAUGAAGACUCGGAUACCAAUUCAAGCUUGGCUCCAUCGGAUACAAGCUCGUCCGACGAUGAUGCAGGAACAAAAUCUUCUCUUUCCAAACUCGAGAGAAAGAAGCGAAAGAACAUGAGCGCCGAGAAACAGAUUCGAGCGGUCGCACUUCUGGAUGGCUUAGAAGGUGACUCGUAUGGUUCUUCGACGCCGCAGACCCCUCGCCAGGGCCGUGUUAAGCGUCGUUGCGAAUGGAGAUGGACACUGGGCCCGUUGGAAAAGCGUGAUGAGCUGAUCAGCUUACCCCAAACACCACUGGGAACGACACCGACCAUCUCAACGCCCCCGGUCAACCAGGAGACCAAGGGAACAGAAAAGGAAACACCUGUAUCAUUUCAUGGUGAUUCCGACUUUGCUCCUUCGCCAAAUCCCUCGCAGGACCCCUCCAGUCCUGGUUCGUCUGUUGCCUCCAACCUGGGGAACCCCGACGAGACCAAGACCAACAUGACUCACGAAGCCGAACGUGCAAAUGAAGGUCGAUAG